AUGUCUUCUGGUAUUUUGUUUAUCCGCGACUCACGGACUGAUGCGAAUUAUGAAAUCCCAAUCUAUCGAAAUGCUAUCCGCGCGACUGAUUUGCAACAUAUCCAGGCAGACUCGGUUGGAAGUAACCGCGCCGACCAAGUUGCUCAUGGAUUACGCGUCCAUGAUCCAGGCUUGCAAAAUACUGCGGUGACAGAUUCGGCUAUCAGCUUUUCUGACCAUGAGCGCGGCCUACUCCUGUAUCGCGGAUAUACCUUGGAGCAGCUUUGGGGAGCAGAAUUUGAAGAAAUGCUGUAUCUGCUAUUGUGGGCGAGAUACCCAACAGAGAGUCAACGCGAAGAGCUCCGCCACCAGCUGGCACAACAUAUGCAAGAGGUGCCCGAUGUCGUGCGCCAGAGCAUUUUGAAUAUUCCACGCACAACAAGUCCACUACCUCUAAUUCUCGUGGGCCUUUCAGCAUACCUAGCCUGCCUACCUGAAAUUAUCCCCGCAUCUGGAAACGCGACACUUUACCAAAAUGACUUAACACGAGCCGAUCGAGUUAUUCUCCAAACGAUAGCGGCUUAUGCUGUGGUCUUCGGGGUCGUUCGCUGCCACCGACUCGGCAUUGCCUGCAGACCCCCAUCCCUCAACCAGACAUAUUAUGAAAAUUUCUUCACAAUGGCCGGUCUCAUAGAUCCCCAAACAAACGCCCCAGAUCCUGUACGAGUUUCUUGUUUCCGUCGUUUUGGAAACCUCAAUGCCGAGCACGGGAUGGCCUUAUCGGUUUUCACAGCACUUGUGACAGCCUCAUCUUUGACAGACCCAGUAUCUUGUUUGAUAGCAGCUAUAAGCGCAGCCCAUGGGCCCUUGCACUUUGGAGCUACGGAGUCUGCCCAGCGCGCUAUACGUGAAAUAGGAGAGCCAAAGAACGUCCCAGCUUUUAUGGAUGAAAUAAAAACGGGCAAACAAAAGUUAUUCGGCUAUGGCCAUCGCACGUACAAAGGAAUGGAUCCGCGCGUGCGACCCAUCCAGAGCAUUCUCAAGGAUUUGACCGGUGUGCAUCAACCCUUACUGCAAAUUGCCGAAGCGAUUGAGAACGCAGCGGAAAAAGAUGAUUACUUUCAUAGUAGGGAUUUGUAUCCUAACGCGGACUUUUACGGGAACUUUGUUUUUACUGGAAUUGGAUUUGAGCCGGAUAUCAUUCCGGCGGCUAUGCUAGCUCAUCGAAUUAUUGGCAUCAUGGCACAUUGGAGAGAGUAUACGGUUAAUAGGGGUAAACUUUUCCGACCUACUCAUCUCUACACGGGUCACGCUGAGCCAACAUUGAAUCCUGUUGCCAAAAUUUAG